AUGUUUUUCCUCCACAACCUCGAGCGGGUGGUCUCGCUUCACCCGUCAUUUUUCGGCAAAAACAUGCACGAAAUCGUGGUGCAGAGACUACUUGCAGAUACCGAGGGAACGUGCCAAGGCGAUUUUUACAUCAUUUCCGUCAUGGACGCCGUCGACAUCUCUCCCGGAAAGAUUGUGCCCGGCAACGCAAUGGCCGAAUUCACAGUGAACUACCGCGCCGUGGUUUGGCGCCCCUUCAAGGGGCAGACUGUUGACGGCAUUGUAGACUCGGUCAACCAGCACGGCUUCUUUAUCGCAGUUGGUCCCCUCAGGGUAUUCAUAACGAAGCAGAUGUGCCCGCCAGACGUCAUUUACGAUGCAAACGCAAGCCCGCCAGUGUUUACAGAUAAAGAUACUUGGCUUGUCGAUGUUGGCACUUUGUGCAGGGCGCGUAUCAUUGGUCUCAGGAGUGAGGUAGACACGAUGUGGGCCAUUGGCACCGUCAAUGAGGACUUCCUUGGCCCCCUCGAGUCUACUUGA